AUGGCGCCAAUCAUGACGCCCUCAUUCCAGACAACCGAAGCGACGUUGACCUUGCACCAACUGGUACGUCGUGGCGAGGAAGGUCGGAUAGCAGGAAUGCUCAUCGGCUGUCUCGUAGGCGGCAUCGCCGCCGCGAGCCUCAUAUACUUCUGCUUCAACUGCGUCUUUUCUCCCAAACGACGCAAAAAGACGGCCCAUCAAAGACAACAAGCACACCCUCAUAAGCAUCACAUCCACUACGAACAUCCACUGACAAGAACUGGCAGUGGCGCCCACAUGCAAUCCUCUGGACACCCGCAUACUCACAGGUGGACGCAUCAUCACCACCACCGCCGCCACAGAAAAUCUCGUCUUCAUCACCAUCAUCAUCAUCACGCCAAGGGUAAGGCGAAACCCAAGAAGCAUUGCCGCAAGCCAAACCGGAAGACCAAGGCGUCCAAGCCCGCACGCCAUAGUAAACGCUCCUCGCAACAUCGCGAGCCUGCGAUACGCUUCAUGCCCAUGCCUCCCAUGAUGGCUAUGCCUAUACAUCCAGCGCCGGCAGCUGGUAUGGGAAUGGGGAUGGGUAUGGGGAUGGCUGCUGGGAUUGUCAUGCCGCUCGGCGACGGCUUCAUCGACUACGGGCCGGCACCUGGUCAGGACAUGGGAUUAGAGAUGGGAUGUGGCGUGGACCCCAAUUUCCGGCUAGAGCAGUUCGUCAUGGAAAACGAUGUCAACGGCGACAGGGAGGUGAGUUGCAACGAGUGUUGCUACUCCUUUUUCGAUUCUUUAUGCGGCAUCCCGCCGGAGGCUCGGGAUCUGAAAAGGGAUGCUGCUGGCAAUGAGGCUGUGAUUAUGGGUGACAAUGAGAUGGCGGCUGUGUAA